AUGACUGUUCAGUUCCUGCUCUUGUCUUUGCAUCUGACAGUCUGGUUGAGUCAGGGAGAGACAGCCCAUCCUCUCUUUGAAAGCAGAGAGACAGUGGUGAAGAAGAGGACCCCGCCAUUGGCCUUCGAGGGACGCCGGCUGAGCAUGAAAUUUGCUGCCUUGAUAACAGGUUUGGGGCCUCUCUCUUGUUAUAGACAAAAUAGGGGGGUUGGCUUUUGCUGCCCUACUUGCCAAGGUCGCCUAAGCCCAUGAUUGGUCAUAGAUGAAUGGAUGGAGGCAACACCUCGGUAACCAAAAACUCACUCCUUAUCCUUAUCCUUCUGGCGGUUCCCUCGCUGCGAGAAGCCAAGUUACAGGGAACCAGGCAAAGGAUCUUCUUGGUGGUGGCACCCACCCUGUGGAACGCCCUCCCACCAGAUGUCAAAGAGAAAAACAGCUACCAGACUUUUAGAAGACAUCUGAAGGUAGCCCUGUUUAGGGAAGCUGUUAAUGUUUAAUAGUGGGACGCGGGUGGCGCUGUGGGUUAAACCACAGAGCCUAGGACUUGCCGAUCAGAAGGUCGGCAGUUCGAAUCCCCGCGACGGGGUGAGCUCCCGUUGCUCGGUCCCUGCUCCUGCCAACCUAGCAGUUCAAAAGCACGUCAAAGUGCAAGUAGAUAAAGAGGUACCACACCGGUGGGAAGGUAAACGGCGUUUCCGUGCGUUGCUCUGGUUCACCAGAAGCGGCUUAGUCAUGCUGGCCACAUGACCCGGAAGCUGUACGCUGGCUCCGUCGGCCAAUAAGCAAGAUGAGCGCCGCAACCCCAGAGUCGGCCACGACUGGACAUAUUGGUCAGGGGUCCCUUUACCUUUACCUAAUGUUGAAUAGGUUAUUGUAUUUUAAUAUUUUGUUGGAAGCCGCCCAGAGUGGCUGGGGAGACCCAGCCAGAUGGGCGGGGUAUAAAUAAAUAAAUUAUUAUUAUUAUUAUUAUUAUUAUUAUUAUUAUUAUCAUCAUCAUCAUCUGCAUCUUACGACUGACAGGCUUGGACUCAGCCACAUUGGCAAAGGCCAAGAGCAAGGAGACCAAGCCUGAGAGAGCCACGGAUUCCAGCCACCCUGAAGUAAGACGUCAAAAGCAAGGGAAAUCUGCCCCUGGGUGCUCGUUCCUGUCAAUCUGACACGGAGGAAUCUGAGCUCUACCCACUUUUCUGAUUUCCGGGUCAGCUGCCACAAGUCUGCCCUAACCACUAGGCAGUCUUGAUAUUCUUUUUCUUUGGCGAUCACUUGUAGCUGAAAACAUUGGCAGCAUUAAGAUAAAUUCAACAGUGUAAAUAAGUUUUGACAGAUGCAAUAACGGAAUGCUGAAUGGUACAGUUUUUGUAAAAUAUGCAGGGAUUUAUGAUAUGCAAAAUGAACCAUAGAAAGUUUGCAGAUGAUACAAGGGUGGUUGGUUUAAUCACAGCUGGAGAGGGGGAGGCGGCCUAUAGGAAGGAAGUUGAGCAGUUGGGGGAGUGGUGCAGGAAAAACAACUUACUUCUUAACUUAAAGAAAACAAAAGAGAUCAUUGUGGACUUUAGGAAAUGUAAAUUGAAUAUUCAGCCACUUAUUAUUGAGGGGAAGUGCGUGCAACAGGUCUCGGUGUUUCGAUUUCUGGGAAUGGAGUUGAGAGACGACCCAACCUGGGGAGAAAACAGCAAAGACCUGGUGAAGAGAGCACAGCAGAGGUUAUAUUUUCUGAGAAUCCUCCGGAAAAACAAUCUCUCAAAGGACCUGUUGAUGGCAUUUUACCAUUGCACUGUGGAGAGUGUCUUAACUUAUGGUCUGUGUGUCUGGUUUGGGAGCUGCACGGCCAGGGAAAAAACAAUGCUGUCCAGGGUUGUGAAGACUGCGGAGAGAAUAACUGGGUGCACUCUUCCCACCUUGGAUCAAAUCUAUGCUUCCAGGUGCCAUAAGAAAGCUGCAGAGAUAGCGCAGGAUAGUACACACCCCGGAAAUGAUCUCUUUCAGCUUCUGCCUUCUGGAAGAAGGGACAGGGUUAUAAAGGCCAGGACUAGCCGCCUGAGAAACAGUUUCUAUGCAAAUGCAAUUCUGGUUCUAAACGCAGCAUAAGGAGUCUCUAUAGUAUAUUGUAUUUUAAAAUGGGGUUUCAGAGUUUUUAGGGGUUUUGAAUGUUUUAUGUAGUUCAAUUUCAUUGUUCUGCAUGGGACAAUGACAAUAAAGAUAUCAUAUAUGGAAAGGGAAGAAGGGAAGUCACUGAUAUUUUAAUGAGUAUUUUAAAUUGUAAAACAGAAAAUUUAAUAAUGGUGUGAUUGUGAGAGAGAGGGUGAGUUUAUAUAAACUCACCCUCUAUCUCAUAAACCACAUCAUUUCUCAUGACAUCUCUCCUUUGCUGUUCACUUCCAGCCUGUCUGCGGAUCCUCCUUUGGAGAUCAGUCCAUGCAGGUAAAGUUGGUUUCCAUUUUUGUUUAAUUGUUACUGAUUUUAGUAAGCAGUUGCAAGGGAUGGCCGGGUGUCAAUUUUGUAUAUGAUUAAAUUCACAGCUCAGGUUGUUGUAAACAAAAAUUGCCCUUUUCUCUUCUGGGGUAUCCAAGAGCCCAUAUAGAGUCCUUGCAUAGGUUCCCUAUUGGUAGGAGAGAAUAACUGAGGCCAACCAGAGAAUAUUGAGAAGCAAAGCAGCUAGUAAGCCUGAUCUUUAUUGAUCUGUUGCAACAGGGUGCUCCCCUCACACGCAGGAGAGGAGGAGGAACCCAGACAAAUGGCGUGCAAGGCCUUAUAAAGACUUUUGAAAUUGCCACCCUGUAGAUCAAGACCAACCCCAGAAACACCAUACAUACAUCACAGAAGGGGUGUAACCUAAGACCACCCCUCAGAUACAUCAUACCUACAUCACAGAAAAGGCAGUCUUAAAACAGAAAUUUGAAUGUUGUUUAUCUCCUGUCUGGCAGAUUACUUGAUUGGAUUGCUUGGGGAGCCCGGCCAUUCUUUUGUAGUGAUAAAUACUUAGUUCCUGGGCCAGGUCACAGGCUCACACCUUAUUCAAACAGAGACAUACCCUUAAGACAGGAUUUGUGAAGGAAAAGACAAUGGGGAGGCUUUUCCAUUUUCCUUUGACCUUGCAGAGAAAACAUUUGGUCAGUUUGGGAAUCAAAAUGGUUCCAGGUCGGUCUUCCUGUGCUGAUCUAUGUAUGUGCUUGGUUGGUACACUUAUGAACAUUUAACAUAUAUCUAAGACCUCAAAAUUCCUAUCACAAGGUACAGCAAAAGGCAGAAAUCCAGAAGGUCAAAUUUACCACAGUGGAAGAUGUGGCGAUAAGGAAGGUAUCACCUGUUGGAUUUUUGUUGCUGCCGAGUGUGUCGAACCAAACGUUCCGGAAGUCCGGCAAAAGCCACCUUGGUAGUCAAGAAAACCCCAAAACUAAAUGGUAGUCGUUGCAAGAAUGAACACAUAUGUGUUUAUAUUCAUUUGCUUCAAUCUUUCCCCAAAUAAGAUACCCUCUUUAUUCUGUGCUCCUUCGCUUCUCAGAGCAUCUUCGUCCUCUGGGUUUCAUGCGUUUAUUUCCUGACUGGCUGGGUUUCCUCUCCUUCUCCAGAGAUCCCACCUGCAGCAAUUCUUUCCUUGGAUCACCAGCACCAUGUCUACAUCAGAGAUGAAAAGGUGAUUCUCACUUGUUCGGCUCCUGAUAGUUUGAAGGUGGCAGGAUAUACGUUCUUCAAAGAACAGCAAGAUCAGACCUUCAAGGAGUUGCCCAAUAGUGGAAUGGGGCCUUAUGAGAUGUUCCGUGUCAAUGAAGAUACUGUUGGGAAUUACAGCUGUGUUUACUGGAUCAUGCCCUCAGGACAGGAAAUCUUUUCCUCACAGAGCAACCUUGUCUCUGUAGCCAUGGCAGGUGAGCAUCUUUGCAUUUUGCUGUUUGGCGUUGUCUCUUUCAUUCGCAACACAAGAGAGAGAGGAGCACUGUGUUCUGAAAGAAGGAUUUCAAUUUUUAUAUAUAUAAAUUUAUUUAUUUGGUUUUUCAGAUUAAAAUUUUACAGUCACAUCCAACAUAGAAACAAGAUUCCAAAGAAUCUUUUGGACUUCCCUCUUCCCUUUUUGUUAAUCCUAUUGUUAAUCAUUUCCUCCUGCAUCUUUUAUGAUGAUCCAAAUCUUUUACCUCUCCACUGUGUCCAAAAUUCACCAUUAAACUAUAAGCGUUAUUCCAAGCCUACUAACGAUUUUAACUGUUUGCAAUGGUUUUUAAGAUAAAUUAUAAUUUCCCCCCAUUUCUUAUUAAAAUUUUGGUCUUCCUGGUUUCUGAUUGUUCCGGUCAUUUUAGUCAUUUUGGAGUAAUCCAUCAACCGGAUCUGCCAUUUUUCUCUGUUAGGGACUUUAUCUUCUUUCCAUCUCAGGGCCAAUAACAUCCGUGCAGUCAUGGUCGCAUACAUAAAUAGUAUUUUCUGCUCCCUUUGGAUUUUGGCACCUAGAAUUCCUAAAAGGAAGGCUUCGGGGGUUUUUUAAAAAGAAAAGGUUAUUUGAAACAUUUUUUUCAACUCACUAUAUAUCAUUUCCCAAAAUUCUUUUACUACCUUACAUUUCCUCCACAUAUGAUAAAAGGUGCCCUGAAAGAAGGAUUUCAGACUGCCUGGAAGGUUUAUAAGGUGAGCGGCCACUGAUAAGGAAAGGAUCAGCGUUGAUUUACUGAAUGCAACUUCCUUCCGAGUAAUCAUAGUGUGGGAACUUGCAUGUAUGAAUGUUCCUUGUUGAGUUAUUAAAUGUCAGGCGGCUCUAACUUAAGCCCAUUAAUUUCACUGAGUCUGUUCUGAGUAGGACUUACUGGCCAGCAACCCAUUCUCAGGUCUCAAGGUACAGAUCUUUUUGGGAGAGUGGCAGUGGUGUAAUCUGGGUGAAGAGUCUUCCUUGCCAAAUUUGCAUGUGGCACAAUGGGUCAGUGCUUCUUCUUUCGUCUUCUUUGGCGAUCCCUCGCAGCCGAGUAAGAUUGUCUUCCAUAAACAUGGUUUUAACAGUGAGUCCGUAAGUGACUGUGGAGGCCAGUUCUGGAUCCACACGUCCUUCCUCAAUGCGGACAUAGGUUUCCGGGCAGGAGUUGAUCACAGUGAGGGUUUGCCAAGUGUGCCUUCCUCUUAGCAUGUUUCUCCCUUGCGUCCUGAGUUCGAGCGUCUUCAAAGCCCAGGACACCUUUGGUAAAGGCUGUUCUCCAACUGGAGUGCUUGCAAGCCAGUGUUUCCCAAUUUUCAUUGUUUAUACUACGAUUUUUUAGAUUUGCCUUGAGAGAGUCUUCAAACCUCUUUUAUUGACCACCAGCAUUACACUUUCCAUUUUUAAGUUCGGAAUAGAGCACAGUGGUACCUCGGGCUACAGAUGCUUCAGGUUACAGGCACUUCAGGUUACAGACUCCACUAACCCAGAAAUAGUACCUCGGGUUAAGAACUUUGCUUCAGGAUGAGAACAGAAAUUACGCUGCGACGGCGCAGCAGCAGCGUAAGGCCCCAUUAGCUAAAGUGGUACCUCAGGUUAAGAACAGUUUCAGGUUAAGAACGGACCUCCGGAACAAAUUAAGUUGUUAACCCGAGGUACCACUGUAGUUGCUUUGGAAGAUGAUAAUCAGGCAUCCGCACAACAUGACCAGUCCAACAAAGUUGAUGUUGAAGAAUCAUUGCUUCGACACUAGUGAUCUUUUCUUCUUCAAGUACAUGGGCAUUAGUUCACCUGUCUUCCCAAGUGAUGUGUACAAUUUUUCAGAGACACAGCUGAUGGAAUCUUUUGAGGAGUAGACAAAGUGGGUCAGUGCUGUUGAAAUGGAACACUCAAGAUGAAAUGGUGAAAUCAGCUAUGAUUAAAUGGGCACAAGAUGUUGGACAUAAUAUAAUGAUGGCAGACUGGGAACAGUUAUGGACCACAGGUAUGAAAUUCAUGGCAUGUAAUGCCCUAAGAGAAAAUUUAAUGAAAAUGAUUUAUAGGUGGUAUAUGACACCAGUCAAGCUUGCAAAAAUUUACCAUUUGCCCGAUAAUAAAUGUUGGAAAUGUAAUGAGACUGAAGGUACAUUCUUUCACCUUUGGUGGACAUGCCCAAGGAUUAAGACAUUCUGGGAGAUGAUUUAUAAUGAAAUGAAAAAGGUAUUCAAAUAUACCUUUCUGAAGAAACCAGAGGCCUUUCUCCUGGGCAUGGUCGGCCAAUUGGUGCCAAAGAAGGAUAGGACUCUCUUUAUGUAUGCAACAACAGCAGCAAGAAUACUCAUCGCGAAGUAUUGGAAGACACAAGAUUUACCCACCCGGGAAGAAUGGCAGAUGAAGUUGAUGGACUAUAUGGAACUGGCGGAAAUGACUGGCAGAAUCCGAGACCAGGGAGAAGAGUCAGUGGAAGAAGACUGGAAAAAGUUUAAAGACUAUUUACAGAAAUACUGUAAAAUUAAUGAAUGUUAGAACAAUGUUGGAAUGAAGUUAUAUGGCUUUAGCUGAAAUGUUAUAAGGAAUUAAGUAUAAAUAGAUUAAUAGAGUGUUAAAGGAAAAAAUAAGGUUAGAAUGUGUUAAGAUAAUUAUAGGAUAGAAAACAGAGGAAGAUGGAAAGGAAUUGCUGAAACAAUUAACAAAAGUGGAAUACAAAAAGGGAGGUGUGAGGAGGUCGUUGGAAUAAGUGAAUGGAAGAUAAGAUAUUGAAAUUAUUUGAUGUGUUUUAAACUGUUUUUGUUUUGUUUUGUUAGUUUAAUGUGUUAGUGUUAUGUGUUAGUGUUAUGUAGUGUCUUUGCAUUGUAUUGUAUUGUCCUUUUUUAUUGUUUAAAUUGUUGGAAAAGCAAUAAAUAUUAUUAAAAAAAAAAGAAAAGACAAAGUGGGUCAGUGCAUCUAGCUAUUAUCCAGAAGGUUGGUGGUUCAAGCCCACCAAAGGGCAGUUGUGAGCAGGAUUCCUGCAUUCUAUGGACUCGAUGACUCUUGGGAUCCCUUCCAACUCAACAAUUCUAUGAUUCUAAAUUCAGAAAAUAAACUUCUUCAAGCACAUGCCCAGUAAUCAACAAAACAAUAUACUAGCCUUAGACCCCUGAGUUCCCAUAGAACUGUCUGACCUUCGUUGAACGGUAACAGAAACUGGAUAGCGAGAAAUAUUUGUACGACUGGCAUUGGAAACCCACAAAAUGCUCACAAUUGUGUACGGAGACGAAGCCGUAACUCAAAAGACAGUGUAUGAGUGGUUUAAGCGUUUCCGUGAAGGGCGGCAAAUGUUGACAGACUCCGUGAGUUAUUGAUGUGGGAUCGGCGUUUGUGUGUCCAAAUGAUGGCGGAAGAAUUGCAUAUUCCGCAUGAAAUCGUUACUGAGGUUACUGAGUUGUCCCACACUCCAUAUUCUCCCAUCUGGCCCCAACGGAUUUAUUUCUUUUUCCAAAACUGAAAUCUGCACUGAAAGGGCACAGAUUUCCCAACAUUUCACACAUCCAAGCUGCUGUGAUGAGGGAACUGAAAGCAGUACGAAUAUCCAGACUUCUCCAGAAGUUUCCAACAGUUCUACGAACGUUGUCAACGCUGCAUUGUAUCAGAGGAGGCCUACUUUGAAGGCCUGUAAGGCAUGUAUGUUUGAAUAUUUCUCGCUGUCCUAUUUCUGUGACCAUUCACCGAAUUUUCCGGUCACACCUUGUAGUGGUGCAUGCUCUAGUUAUCUCUUGCUUGGACUACUGCCAUGCACUCUACGUGGGGCUACCUUUGAAGGUGACCCGGAAGCUACAACUAAUCCAGAAUGCGGCAGCCAGACUGGUGACUGGGGGCAGCCGCCGAGACCACAUAACACCAGUCUUGAAAGACCUACACUGACUCCCAGUACAUUUCUGAGCACAAUUCAAAGUGUUGGUGUUGACCUUUAAAGCCCUAAACGGCCUCGGCCCAGUAGACCUGAAGGAGCGUCUCCACCCCCAUCAUUCUGCCCAGACACUGAGGUCCAGCGCCGAGGGCCUUCUGGCGGUUCCCUCACUGCGAGAAGCAAAGCUACAGGGAACCAGGCAGAGGGCCUUCUCGGUGGUGGCGCCCGCCCUGUGGAACACCCUCCCAUCAGAUGUCAAAGAGAUAAACAACUACCUGACAUUCAGAAGACAUCUUAAGGCAGCCCUGUUCAGGGAAGUUUUUAAUGUGUAUUUUUGGUUUUUGUGGAAGCCGCCCAGAGUGGCUGGGGAAACCCAGCCAGAUGGGCAGGGUACAAAUAAUAAAUUAUUAUUAUUAUUAUUAUUAUUAUUAUUAUUAUUAUUAUUAUUAUAGAUUCCUUUACAGGCCAAGUGGACCACAGGCUCUUAACUACUAAGCCAUGUCUAGGUCACCUGCUCAUAACUUCUCCUUUGCGGAUGAUUCCUGCAGAUCCCCCUCCUUUUCCGGUGCUGAAAGUGGAUCCACCGUCUGGAGUGGUGAACGAAGGGGACUCCCUGCGCCUCACUUGCUUGGCCAAUGGGACCAUAACUGAGAAGAGAUUCCAUUUCUUCAAGGAUGGUGCUGAGAUGGACACCAGUCAUGAAGGAUCCAGAGAACCUGUGAAUACCUCACCAAACGCCUCUGUGAGCAUCUUACAAGCCACGGUCAACCACAGUGGAGAAUUUGCUUGCAGUUAUGAGGAAGCGAUUGGUGGCCGAUGGGUUAUGUCUCCAUGGAGCAAGACAGGGAAAGUCAUGGUGAAUGUCCCAGGUGAGUCAUUUUGGGGAAGUGAGAGCCAUCUUUAGCAGUAGCACAAUCCAUUUUAAUGUGUUGUGUGAAAUGAGGCUAUCAAUAUGUCUGGUCUUCCGCACGAGACACAAUGAAUGUCACCUUCCUUAUUUCAUAUGCUGCGUCUCAACCUUCAUGCUUGGGGGGAAUGGAGGGGGAGGGAUGGAGAUGGAGAGGUCUGCUCACAUUUUAUCCUAUGUUUAGAGAAGUUUUUAAUAUUUAAUGCUGUACAGUGGUACCUUGGGUUACAUACGCUUCAAGUUACAGACACUUCAGGUUACAGACUCCGCUAAUCCAGAAAAAUUACCUCGGGUUAAGAACUUUGCUUCAGGGUGAGAACAGAAAUCGCGCGGCGGUAGCGGGAGGCCCCAUUAGCUAAAGUGGUGCUUCAGGUUAAGAACAGUUUCAGGUUAAGAACGGACCUCUGGAACGAAUUAAGUACUUAACCCGAGGUACCACUGUAUUGUUUUUAACAAUUGAUUGGGAGCCACCCAGAGUGGCUGGGGAAACCCAGCCAGAUGGGUGGGGUAUAAAUAAUAAAUUAUUAUUAUUAUUAUUAUUAAUAAUAAUAAUAAUAAUAAUAAUGUUCUGCUCAUGUUGUGAAUGGGUUUCCGGAACGGAUCCCGGUCGCUACCAGAGGUACCACUGUGCCGUCAUUAAAGAGAUAAAAAUCAACAUUCAGAAUUCUUGGGACCUUUUUCAAAUGACAUCACGCCUUCAGGACGAAAGACCCAAGCGAAACACAACAAACAAAUAAAUGAAGUGGAGACUCCUAGGGCAAUUUAGGGGAUGUGAUGGCUUACACAUGACAUGAGUAGUAAGGUAAAGGUAAAGGGACCCCUGACCAUUAGGUCCAGUCGUGACUGACUCUGGGGUUGCGGCGCUCAUCUCGCUUUAUUGGCCGAGGGAGUCGGCGUACAGCUUCCGGGUCAUGUGGCCAGCAUGACUAAGCCGCCUCUGGCGAACCAGAGCAGUGCAUGGAAACGCCGUUUACCUUCCCACCAGAGCGGUACCCAUUUAUCUACUUGCACUUUGACGUGUUUUCGAACUGCUAGGUUGGCAGGAGCAGGGACUAAGCAACAGGAGCUCACCCCGUCGCGGGGAUUCGAACCGCCGACCUUCUCAUCAGCAAGUCCUAGGCUCUGUGGUUUAACCCACAGCGCCACCCGCGUCCCUUGACAUGAGUAGUACAGAUCCCCAAACUGUGAUCAAGAGUUUAGCCAGCUAACAUUUACCUUCCCGGACACUGCACAUUUCCCCUGAAUAUUAUGCAACACAUGCUCCUGAUCUUCUCCUCUCCACUCCUCCUGAAGUCCAAGUGGGGAAUUCAUGAACCCACGACUCUCUGUUGACAACCCUGCCUGGAUGAACCCGAUUUAGUUAUGGCUUGCCCCUUAAAACCUCAGUGAGCCACAGACUCCAAAUCACUUAGCCAUUGUAUUCAUUUUCUUUUACGGACAGCUCCUGUAGCUCAUGUAGCCAAUGUGGUGUAGUGGUUAAGAGUGGUAGACUCGUAAUCUGGUGAACCGGGUUCACUUCCCUGUUCCUCCACAUGCAGCUGCUGGGUGACCUUGGGCCAGUCACACUUCUCUGAAGUCUCUCAGCCCCACUCACCUCACAGAGUGUUUGUUGUGGGGAAGGAAGGGAAAGGAGAAUGUUAGCUGCUUUGAGACCAUUGGCAGCGACGCAGAGCAAAGGUUCCAUUUCUACAAGGAUGGGGUCAAGAUUUCCUCCAGCAGUGAAGAGUCUCUGGCGGAUUCUGGAGAACCCAGGAAUGCCUUCUCGAACGCCUCUGCAGACAUCCUGGUCCAAGUCACAGCCAGCAUCCACACUGGGGGAUUUGCUUGCAGGUAUGAGCAGAAACUGAGCAGCCGAUGGAUCAUGUCUCCCUGGAGCCAAACGGUGAAUGUCACAGGUGAGCCAUGCCCUAAUAUUUUACAAAUAUUAAUUCAUAACAAUCCAAAUUACAUACCCAUAAUUAGAGAUUUCUCCAAAUUUCUGGACUUUCCACCUUCCCCUCCAUGGGUCCUUUUGUAUACCCUCUUAACUGCAUAUUUUUCCACAAUCUGUAUUUUAUAUCUUCCCAUCUUGUCCAUAAUAUUAGUUAAAUUGCAAGUGUUAUUACAAUCCUGCUAGGGUUUUCACCUGUUUACAGUGAUCACCUAGAUAAAUUAUAAAUUUCCCCCUUUCUUUAUUGAAGUUUAGUUCUCCUUGGUUCCUGAGUCUUCCAGUCAGUUUUGCCAUUUCGGCAUAGUCCAACAGUUUUAUUUGCCUUUAUUCUCUGGUAGGGACAUAAUUUUCUUUCCAUCUCUAGGCUAGCAGCAUCCACGUGGCUGUUGUCGCAUACAUAUAAUGUCUUUUCUGUUCCUUUGGUAUAUCGGUAUACCAAUAUACUGAUAUGUUUUUAACUUCACUGAAUUACUGUUACUGUGUCUUCAACAACAAUGGCUGCAAUGGAGUCUCUCCUCCCUUUAUUCAUGUUGUUGUUGUUGUUGUUGAGUCGUUUAGUCAUGUCCGACUCUUUGUGACCCCCUGGACCAGAGCACACAAGGCACUCCUGUCUUCCACUGCCUCCCACAGUUUGGUCAGACUCAUGCUGGUCGCUUCGAGAACACUGUCCCACCAUCUCGUCCUCCGUCGUCCCCUUCUCCUUGUGCCCUCCAUCUUUCCCAACAUCAGGGUCUUUACCAGGGAGUCUUCUCUUCUCAUGAGGUGGCCAAAAUAUUGGAGUCUCAGCUUCAGGAUCUGUCCUUCCAGUGAGCACUCAGGGCUGAAUUCCUUCAGAAUGGAGAGGUUUGAUCUUGUUGCAGUCCAUGGGACUCUCAAGAGUCUCCUCCAGCACCAUAAUUCAAAAGCAUCAAUUCUUUGGCGAUCAGCCUUCUUUAUGGUCCAGCUGUCACUUCCAUACAUCACUACUGGGAAAAUUAUAGCAUUAACUAUACGGACCUUUGUUGGCAAGGUGAUGUCUCUGCUUUUUAAGAUGCUGUCUAGGUUUGCCAUCGCCUUUCUCCCAAGGAGCAGGCGUCUUUUAAUUUUGUGACUGCUGUCACCAUCUGCAGUGAUCAUGGAGCCCAAGAAAGUAAAAUCUCUCACUGCCUCCAUUUCUUCCCCUUCUUCCCCUUAUAUUUGCCAGGACCCCUUAUUCAUACCAACAGCCAAAUCCCCUUCUUUCCUCUCUGCAGUUUGGGCACCAAAUUCCUCUUCGUCACCCCUGCUAUAUGCACGCUGGGCAAUUCCACUGGUGAUCCUGAUGGUCCCUCUUGCUUUUUACUGCACGAGAAGGAAGAGAGGUAGGUGAUGCUGGAGACUGUGGGCCUCUCAUAUCAUUGGCCCAGUAGACCUGAAGGAGCAUCUCCACCCCCAUCGCUCAGCCCGGACACUGAGGUCCAGCUCUGAGGGCCUUCUGGCAGUUCCCUCCCUGCAAGAAGUGAGGUUACAGGGAACCAGACAGAGGGCCUUCUCGCUGGUGGCACUCUCCCUGUGGAACAUCCUCCCAUCAGAUGUCAAGGAAAUAAACUACUAUCUGAAUUUUAGAAGACAUCUGAAGGCAGUCCUGUUUAGGGAAGUUUUUGAUGUUUGAUGUUUGAUCAUGUUUUUAAUAUUCUGUUGGGAGCUGCCCAGAGUGGCUGGGUAACCCAAAAGGUGGGCAGGGUAUAAAUAAAUUAUUGUUAUUACUACUACUACUACUACUACUACUACUACUACUACCUAUGUAUGUAGAAGCCUGCCUAAGAUCUUUAGGGGAUGAUGCUCCUCUCUGUGUCGUGAGAGUGGUGGCCGUGAGAGCAGUGUUGGUUAAAAGCAACAAAACCAAGCAUUUGUUUUGUCUUCCUUCGUAUUGGAUGUGGUUAGGAUGUCGGAGGGAGCCUUGCCUGUGUCUGUCCUGUGGAACUCCCAGCCACAAGAGGUUUGUUUUCAGGACCAGCCCUGUCUCACCAUCUUUCUUCUCUUUUCUCUCUCCAUUUCCAUUUUGGAAGCGUUGAAAUCUGAGCAGGAAAACAAGGAAGAAGCAAAUUCUGAGUAUGUUGAAAUGUUCAGCGCCACUAGGAAGCCUCAGAGGUAACGGCAACUAAUGCUGGUAUAACACUGAUGUGCUGUGUGUGUUAUCUUCAUGAUUUCUUAUUUAUUUAAAGCAUUUCUUCCAAAAAGUGUUCCUAGACUAGCCGACCAAAAUAACAAUGGUCGUGGCACACAAGGAGGAAGGGAGGAGCCAAAGAGCCAGCUCAGGCAGCAGUUCAGUUCUUAACGUUUUGAACACAGUUGGAGGCGAAGAGCACCCACAAACCAUGCAAUUGUGGGAUGUAAACACAGGAGCAGUCAAUGACAACAUUCCUAGAGGGUACAUGUUAGAACAUGGGGAGGGAUGUCAGUCCAGCAAGCAGGUAAACUUCCUGGGGACGGACUUCCUCCGCAUGUGACCAGAGGUGGGUGUGGCCUCACCUGUGCAGGUAAUGACAAAGGCACAGGGCAGGCAGCCACUCUCUCUCUCUGCCAUUUUCUUUCAAUGAGGAAACAUCUAAGGAUGCCCUCUUGGCUCUCAGCCAAGAGAGGAGAUAAGGACUAUCUUGCUAUAAGAUAGAUUCUGAAUGUAUGUAACCUUUUUAAGCUGUCUGCCUUCUGGGAUCAUAUUGUGAACAGAACGUGAGUAAACUCUUUUAUACUUUUAUAAAGACUGUGUCGUGUCUUGUAUUUUAAGAGGGAACACAAACGGGAAAGUACCAGAGUAAUUAUUAUAGAGGUUCUAGCGAACCUGUGCACACGUUACCGUUGCGAACUUAAAGGGGAAUGUUUAUAAACUCUGCUGAUAUUUUGGGAACUUGUUAGCACAAGUUGGAUAAGGAUAUAAUUAGUCAAUAUAUCCUCUCCUGCACCCCAGAACAUUCCCACAGCAAUGAGUUUCCAGAGGGGAGGAAAACUUGAACCCAGAACCUGGCAACCUGGAAAUGCAGGAGAGACUUCUCAGUCAAGAGAGGGACAACGUCUUGUUGGCUGGGAGAUAAAAGGAUGAAAGGCGACUGAAGGAACAGGCAGCGGGGGGGUGUCCCAGGCAGAAAAAGGAGCAAAGAGACCCCACAGAAAGAAUCAUAGAAUUGUAGAAUUGGAAGGGACCCGGUGGAUCAUCUAGUCUAGUCCAACCCCCCUGCAAUGCAGGGAAAUGCAGCUGCCCCAUACGGUGAUCGAACCUGCAACCUUGGCAUAAUCAGCACCACGCUCUAGCCAACUGAGCUGUUCAGGAAGAAGGACCGAUAGGACAAGAUUGGGGAUGGCAGAUAAGGAGGGGGAAAUGAUUGGCAUGUUGGAGAGAAGGGAAGAUGUCUGAAAGAGAUGGGGUGGCUGGGACAGAGAUAGAGCGAUGGGGCAGGGAAAGGUGGCGGCAGAAGGGGAGAAGGGAGCAGAUUCGUUGAGUUGCUUGACCAUUCACCUUUGCCAUGAGCUGCUGUGUGUAUUCUCUGUGUAAAAAAACUGGGACAGAAAUUGUGGCACCAUUUAAAAACGAACCUUUGAUAAUACAAUAACUGGCUCCCUCCCCCACAAUCUCUAUUUAAGGAAAUAGAAACUGAGCUAUGGAAUUGGCUGCUACAGGAUGUGGUUUAGAUGCCCUUUGAAAAGAGGUACAUUCGUGAAGAAUAUUCUGCCAAAACAUUUUAGUCAUGACAGCUUAGUAGAUCUUCAUUGUGCAGAAGCAGUCUACCUCUGAAUUGCUGUGCACUGGAGAUAAGCAAAAGAGGAGGGUGGCCUGUUUGUGAGUUGCCCAGGAGUGUCCAGCUGGUUGCUGUCAAAACUGAAUGAAGCGAACCCUCAAUUUGCUCCCAACAGGCUUGGGGGGCUCAUCAUUCUUUGAACAUGUCCCUCAAUUUCCUUCUCCUUUUCAGGACUCAGACGCCUUUUACUGCCUUGCCACCCCCUGCUCUGCCUCAGCCCCCAAUAUCGCAAUCAUGGAUGGAGAGCGGAGCCAAACCUGAGGAAGACCAGUAG